AUGAAAGCGACAAUCGAGAAUACUGAAGGACAUGUGGGAGAAGUUGUUAUUGAAAGAAAUGAUUUGACUACACUUCCUCCAACAACUGAAGCUCCAACUACUGUGACUCCCACUACUGAAGAUCCCACGACAAUUCCUCCAACAACCGAGGCUCCCACUACUGAAGUUCCUACUACUGAAGCUCCGACCACUGAAGUUCCCACUACUGAAGUUCCCUUGCCAUCUUGCCCUGAAGGACUCGUUGCUUACAGAAUUGUCAGAGAAUAUGGAGCAAAUCCUUCAUCUUCCGAAACCUUGACAUUCUAUUCAUAG